AUGCCGCCCGCCGCGACUGCCGCCGCGGCCUCCGCCGGAGCAAGCGCUCCGCCUUCCGCGGCGGCUGUUCCGUUCCGCCAGCAUGUGACGGCGGACGGCUCCAGCGGCUUCCCCGCGGAAAGCGGAAGGUACCACCUGUACGUGAGCUACGCCUGCCCCUGGGCGUCGCGGUGCCUCAUGGCGCUCAAGCUCAAAGGGCUCGACGACGCCAUCUCCGUGACUGUGCUGAACCCAACGUGGGUGCGCACGCGCGAGGGGGAGGAGCAUUUCGGAUGGGCGUUUCCUUCCUCAGAGGGCGACGCGGAGGAGCCGGGGGCGCAACCUGAUCCGAUUUUCGGCGCUCGCUUUGUCCGCGACAUAUACGAGAAAAUAGAUCCUUCAUACAAGACCUUUUCUGUGCCGAUUCUGUUUGACAAGAAAGCAGGCACCAUAGUGAACAACGAGAGUGCAGAGAUAAUGAGAAUGCUCAACUCGGAGUUUAACGCCGUCGCUGCUAAUCCCCACGUGGACCUCUAUCCUGCCGCCAUGCGGGGGGCCAUCGAUGGGGUGAACGAGUGGGUUGGGCCGGCAAUCAACAGCGGCGUGUUCAAAUGCGGCUUCGCCAAGGAGCAAGCAGCUUAUGACGCUGCCAUAGCAACACUCUUCGCAGCCUUGGAUCGCUGUGAGGACGUUCUUUCAAAGCAGCGCUACAUGGCAGGAGACGCCUUCACAGAGGCGGACAUCCGGCUGUUUGUGGAUCUGAUUCGAUUUGAUGAGGUGUAUUACGGCCACUUCAACUGUAAUAAGAGGAUGAUUCAGGAGUACCCCAACCUUUUCAACUACACCAAGGAAAUCUUCCAGCUGCCUGGGAUCGGCAGCACAGUGAACAUGGCCCACAUCCGCAAAAAGUUUUUCUGCAGCCCGAAUGCCCUGAAUCCUUUUGCCAUCUGCCCGAUUGGCCGGAACAUCGAUUAUUCUGAGCCACAUAACCGGGAUAAGCUGCCAUCUGAGCCGCUCGUGCUGGGUACAACAAAAAGCGGGCUUUAA